GUCCCACCCCCAUCGCUUCUUUUUUUCCCUUUCUCCUCCUUUCACUCCCUUAAACCGCGGCCUUCCUCCUCUUCAUCUCUCACUUCCUCUUCUCUUCCUCUUCUCUUCCAUCAAACGAAUUCUUCAUAUCUCAUCUGUCACCAUGGCCGACGACUCCCAGGUAUGUUCAUGAUUGCCCCGCGCCGGCUUUGCGAUCUGAGAGCCCCGCCUCGAUCUUGCCUUCCCCCUCUUCUGCCCUGUGAUACACAAUCUCUUCCAUCACAACUUAUCUCGGGCCGUGUGCUAACAUGUGCGGUCUUCUCAAUAGCAUGAGCACACCUUCGACAGCGCCGAUGCCGGUGCCUCCGCUACCUACCCUAUGCAGUGCUCUGCUCUGCGUAAGAACGGUUACGUUGUGAUCAAGGGUCGUCCCUGCAAGAUCGUCGACAUGUCUACAUCCAAGACUGGCAAGCACGGUCACGCCAAGGUCCACUUGGUUGCUCUUGACAUCUUCACUGGAAAGAAGCUCGAAGAUUUGUCUCCCUCCACCCACAACAUGGACGUUCCCAACGUCACCCGUAAGGAAUUCCAGCUUCUCGACGUUACCGACGACGGUUUCCUUUCCUUGAUGGACGAGGCUGGCAACACCAAGGACGAUGUCAAGAAGCCUGACGGUGAGAUUGGCGAGAGGAUUGACAAGCUCUUCACCGAGGAGGGCAAGGAUGUCAACGUUGUCGUUAUGUCUGCUAUGGGUGAAGAGGUUGCCGUUGAAGCCAAGGAAGGUCCCAAGAGCGGUUAAGCUGUUCCUUUGAGUCUUCUUUCCCUUUAGCUAGUGUCCUUUUUUCAUGUCAAAAAUCUUUAUGCCUUCACGAUGUUUAUUGGCAAUUUCAUCUCUCGCCACUGACGCCGGAAAAGCUUUAUAUUUGUCUACUGCUUUUUUCCGGCUUGUUCGUUCUUUCCAUCUCUUAUAAGUCGAGCAAGACGUCUUCUUGGUGGAUUGGAUGGAGCUUGCAUUGAUUCGCUCUUACGACGACCAUGAACAGAUGUGCCUUUUUAACAGGAUAAUAGUUGAUUGUUUCUCUCAUCCGCCUCUCGAUGCGAGAUUGACGAACAAGAAAUAAGAAAAGUCAGAUGAUAUACCAU